CCCGAAGCGGCUGAUUCAAUAAUAUAUACUAAUGAGCCAUCUGUAGGAUAACUCAAUCCUACAGUCAACACAUAUAUGCCUGAUUCUUACCUCAAUGUAAAAAUCUGGGACAUCUCGAGUCCAAAUUAACUUUGGAGGAACCAUGGACUUAUUGCGAGUAUAUGAAGUUUGACGCAGGCUUACAGGACUGGAAAGAAACGAAUCAAGUGAAGGUGGAAACGAUAUUUGAAGAAUUAUUUCAUACAAUUUGUUCGGCUUCCAAAUAUAUAUCAUGCACUGGAUCCACUUUAUAUAUUUAAAUGGAUGACCUCGGUGUUUCAUAAGCGUCAGAGCAGAAUAAUGAAGGUCAGAUUUAUGAGAUUACAAAGUUUCUCUCAGAUCAAUAUCAAAACAGUCUCCAUACGACACUAAUAGCUGUUUGUAUGAAUGAGUCUUAAAAAUCUAUUCAUAUGCAUUAAAGCCACGUUCGAGAAACAGUACAAAUCACUGAAGGAAUUCGAUACCAGUUACAAUGCGUUUACAUGCUCGAAAAAUUAAAUGAAAUAGUACACAAUAAUGGUUAGUCGAGUACAUAUAAAGAAUUGUCCAGAUAAGGAAAAUUGCUGCCAUUCCCUGAAGGUCAUGGACUGUGUUAUCAAUAUUGAAAAAUCAUUAAAUCGUGAACUGAUUUUAAACGGUCCCAAUUUCUUAGCUGGAUUAUUUCGUAUUACUCCUCGUAUACAGCCAGAAAUUUUACAAGCUGAGGAACGACCGAAACCAUCAUUUACUCAGCCAAAACAUAGUAGAUCUCAUGUGAACUUGUGUUCUCGAAUUUUAUCAGAAUCUAAUUGCUUACAUUCUCAGGAAUCCUUACAACUUUCUUCAAUUGAGGUGUUAAAUGUGCGUAGUGAAAAUAAUAAAAAAUGUAUUAAUGCACCAAUCAAUGAUGGAACUUUACCAAAUGCUGAGACAAUCAAAUCGGAAUUUCAUCAACAUGCAUGUAAAUCAACGCCUAAUCCUCCAGAUGAUGAGAAUAAUAGUGUUACUACCAGUCUUCAAAUUAUAAUAUCAGAGUCUAUGAAUGAAGAAGUUAAUAAUGAAUCGGCAUCAAUUGCCAAGAAACACAGACAAGAAUUGUUAAUUGCAUAUGAGAAAGCAAUACAACCAAUAAUUUCAAUUGAUCUAUUACCAGAAUAUGAAAUCAAACUUUUAUCACUAUUCCAAUAAAACUAUUUUACUACAUGUUUUUAUAUAUUUUUCUUAGUAAUUCAUAUAGAACAUACUAAUUGUAAUCAUAAAGUGUUU